AUGGGAGUUGGAGCUAUCCUGGAACCGCUCGUCGUCAUUGUUCUUCUCUUUGGAGGAACAUGGAUUAAUCGCGUGGUCAGUCCGAACCCUCGCCGGAAAUCAAAUCUUCCCCGAGCGGCUUCCUCCGAUUCGUUAGAGUCGGGAUAUUCGACCUCGACAAAGGAUGGCCUGCUGGGCUCACGCACCCCCUCACCACUCCCGGAUGAGAAGUGGCACAAGCGACAGAUAGGCCUCGCGGGCUUCAAAUGGGAGGUCACAUCGCCGAACACAGCCGUGUUCCAAGACCGUAUCCUAAGCCGCCUACUGCGAAAGUUCCCUUUUCUGGUGGAAUGUUGGUACUGGGCGUUGGUUUACUGGACAUACCAACUAGGCCGUGCCUUCACCGCCGUAACUCUCAAGGAUGAUACAGUCGAUAUUGCGAGGAGACAUGCAUUGCAGGUGAUCAACGUCGAGAUGAAACUGGGGGUCUUCUGGGAAAUAUUGAUUCAAAAGAGCUUCCUUCGUCAUCCCACCCAAAUGGUCUGGAUCAACUGGAUCUAUUCAUUCAUCCAUAUCCCCGGCACAAUCGCAUUCCUCGUCUGUCUGUAUUACUACACUACGGUGCGCAAUCGGGUCGACGAGGCCCAAGUUGGGAAACCCAAGGGCAUGGUGAGCGGGUCGCCUGCCGGGCCCCAACUCUACCAGGCCCGUCGACGAACACUGGCUGUGUGUAAUCUUCUGGCAUUUGUCGUUUUCACUCUCUGGCCCUGUAUGCCUCCUCGGUUAUUGAGUGAUCCCGCCCCCGAAGGACGCGAAGCAGAGGUGGGCCGGAGCUAUGGAUUCGUCGAUACAGUACAUGGCGAGAAUGGAGCGGGAAGCGUCUGGACCCAGAAUCGCUUCUGCAAUCAAUAUGCGGCAAUGCCUUCCUUGCAUUUCGGCUACUCUCUCUUGAUUGGGCUUACCAUCAUGACCGUUCCUCUCCCUGCUCAAAGGCGCACUGUUCUACGCUCUCGGUUGACUCGGUUGCGACUGACUCUUCCCUCCUGGCGCCGCCUUCUGUGCCUGGUCCUCGGUUUCUUCUACCCUUUCACCAUCCUGGUCGCCAUCAUCGCCACUGCGAAUCACUUUAUCCUCGAUGCGGUUGCUGGGUCUUUGGUCUGUGCCUUGGGAUGGUACUUCAAUGGGGUUUUGCUGAAUCUGCUUCCGAUUGAGGAUUACUUCCUGUGCCUGGUGCGCAUUCACAAGCCCGAUCCUGCGCUGGAUGAGAUUGCUCCCAGUGAGAAUGGGUCUGGUUAUGGCAGCCCAUAA